AUGUAUAAUGCCAACUCUGAAAAAGAAAAAAGUAAUGAAACUUCUGGUAUGGAUGAAAAAAAUAAAAAUAUUAAUGAAGUGAUUGAUGAAGUAGACACCAAUGUAAUUUUGCAGAUUAACUCAAUGAACAGUGAAAAUAAAAAAAUUUUUUUAAAUAAUUAUAUAGCAAAAAUAAAAUACAUGAACGAAAAUUACUCUAAGCCAAGAUAUUAUGAAAUAUUAAAUGUUGAUGUAAACUCAAAUGUAAAAACAAUAAGAAAAAGCUAUUUAUUAUUAUCGAAAUUAUUAAGCGUUAAUAAAAAGUUAUCAAGUGAAUAUGAAGAAUGCUAUUAUUUAAUACAAAAAUCUUAUAAAAUAUUAACAGAUAAAUUUGAAAAGUUUUAUUAUGACGUUUUAAAUAAUUAUAUUGACGAAUCUAUGAUAGAAGAACAAAGACAAAUAUUAGAAAAAGAAGCUAAUUUUAUAUAUGAAAAUAAAAUAAAUGAACUAAAAGAUGAAUAUUAUAAAAAAUUAAAAGAAGAAAAAGAGAAAAAUGGAUUAAUAAUAGAAAAAGCACUGUUUGGAAAUUUAUCUCUAAAAGACGAAUGCAUAAAUAAUUGCUUUAACAUUAAUCCAAUUACUGAAGAUCAUAUACAAGGUCCUUUUUUAGAUUUAACAAUACUUUUGCAAUGCAGAAUUGAAAAUAGUUCACUAUUAUUCAAUGAUGAUGUUUCAUUUGCCUAUUUUUUGGGAAUUCCUAAACCAUUAAUUAAAAUAUCUAGUGAAAAUAAGAAAUCAUAUGUCCAUAUAUUAGAAGAUACAGAAAUGCAUUUAUAUAUUAAAUAUAAAUUUUUAAAUGUAUACCAUGAAUUAAUUGUUGUAGACAGAUCAACAUUUACUUUACCUCAAAGUGCUCAUAGAGUUUUUGGAAAUCACAUUUGUGGUCCAUUUUCUCCUGUUAACGUAAUAAAAUUAAAACAUUUAUCUAAUUCAUUCAUGGAUAAUAUUUUUAAAUUUUUUUCAAAAAAUAAGGUUUAUAUUACUUUAUUUACAACAAUAAUACUGUGCGCGCAAUCUAUUAAAUCUAUGUAG